AUGACGAAAGCUGUCUUGGUGACCGAACGCGCAACAAGCUUCGCGACAACUGCGUCACAGCUCCAAGCUCUCGAAGACCAGCAGAUACCCACCACCGAUGGCUUCGCCAAGUUAGCCGUGUUGCGACCGCGCAUUGCUGAAGCAGAAGAACGCCAACUACAACAAGCACUCAAGAUUUCCGAGCUGCGGAAAAGGAACGGCUUGCUGAAUCAGCGGUACCAGCAGGUCAUGCUCCUCGGCGCAGGAAGAUGCUGGGUCGACUACGACGAGAGGCUUAGGAAGGGCCUGAGAGCGCUUGUGCGGGAGGAAUAUAGGAGAAGGCCUGCCGAGGAGGAAAAAGGCGUGGCACGCGAAGAAGAAGAGGGCGAUGAGAGUGAAUCGGAGGAGGACGAGCUGUGA